GGAGGAGGGCUUGCGAUGGUGGAGGGGGGGGGGGCUUACAAGAGACCCCGGGGCGGACAAAGACGGCGCGGCGAGCCGGGCCGACUGGGCUGUGAUCUUACGGCAGCCGUUCACUCACGCGGACGAGCUUCACUGCGCAGGACUAGAAGACCGGAGUUGACGAGGGGUGAGACGACGAGGUGGAGGAGGAGAAGACAAGCUUGUCCCGCGUUGUUUUCCCCGCUGCUCUAGUUGAGGCUGAGGCGAUGUCCGACACGGGCGCGGCCGCGUUAGGGAAGCAGAAGAGCAAGAAGAAGGGUGAUCCAGACCCUGUGGACGAGUCUGUGGAUGAACCAGUGGAGGAGGAGUACGUGGUGGAGAAGGUUCUAGACAGAAGAGUGGUGAAGGGGAAGGUGGAGUACCUGCUCAAGUGGAAAGGCUUCGGCGACGAGGACAACACAUGGGAACCCGACGAGAACCUGGACUGUCCCGAUCUGAUAUCCGAGUUCCUGGAGAACUACAAAAACAAAGGACGACUUGCCGAGGAGAAAUCUGAAAGCGGGAAACGCAAGGGCUCGUCGCUGAAUGGUACCGAGGAGGCAGCGAGAACCAAGAAGAAAAAGGAGGAGACCAAGCAAGCAGAGCAGCUUCGGGGCUUCGCCAGGGGCUUGGAUCCAGAGCGAAUCAUUGGUGCGACAGAUUCAAGUGGAGAGCUCAUGUUCCUCAUGAAAUGGAAAGGGUCUGACGAGGCCGACCUCGUCCCGGCCAAAGAGGCCAAUGUCAAGUGCCCACAGAUUGUGAUCUCUUUCUACGAGGAGCGGUUAACCUGGCAUGCCUACCCCGCUGAAGAAGAUGAAAAAAAGGACGAUAACUGAGGGCAGCAUGGGGCAGCGACGAGGACGAGACGGAGGGGGGAGCGGUAAGAGGAAGAGGAUGUAGAAUCAGCGGAGCACUAACCCAACAUUUCACGAUUUCUGAGUGAAAUGAAUUUGCCCUGAGUUGUUUCGUAUAUACAACAUUAAAGUUGUGAUUUAAUCUUUAGUAAUGAUGGUAAUGAUGAUAUAGGAUGUUUCAAAUUUAGUUGCAUGGAGGUGACUGGGUUUCUGCUGCCCUGGUUGUAUUCAGGUCAAGACACACUGGGGCAAUUGUAGGGCAAGCAGCUGCCACGCCAACUAUUGUAAAUAAUUCCAUAUCCCAACUCUGGAAUCGCCUCAUUGCUUCUCUCCAUAGCAGGACAUCAGAAAGGAAACUUCCAAUAAAAUGGCAGGUGGAGGUCACAUGAUUGCUCAAGCUUGUGCAUUCUGUAGACAGUCCCUGCUCAUCAAACACGUUUUUCAGCAAAUCUCCCGUUUUCAUUGGCAAGGCAACUUAUUGCAAAUUGACGUUCCAAGUUACGGCUUUUGGUAAUAGCCCCAGUGUGUUGUGGCCUUGAAAAGACUGAGAGGGAGGUGAGGUUAGCACGUAGUUAGCGCCCCACGUUGAUGCCAGGUACACUGUCCCAUCACAGGGGUAUUUUUAUUACGUUGUACCGAAUGCAUUCACAUAUAGUAGUCAUGCUUUCAGUUAAUUAUGUAGACUGUGCUGUGUACAUUUCCACAAACUUUGAGGGUUAUUUUUCUUUUCAGAUUGAUUUCAGUACACGUUGCUUGUGGCGGUUACUGGCUGUAUAAACCCCUUGUCGUGGUGUUAGUAAAGAGUUGCUUCCCUAGUUUUGACAUUUUAAAUCUUUGUAUGUUAGUGGUUUUUUAAAGAAAUUUAUCAUCAACUUGUACCAUUGUUUUGGUAGCUGUUAGGGAAAAAAACAACUGUGGUUACCUUGAACCCUCCUAGUGCAGAUGUUUUACAGUUGUGAACAUGUUUUCCAGUUGUUUUAAAUUACACCAAGGUAACUCUUUCAUACCAGACAAAAAAAUAAAGAUUUCUUUGCAAAA